CGUUCAGACAAGUCAGAAAAGACCAAACGUGGGAACGAGGGCAGAGAAGACCAAACGGCUCAAUAGAGAGAGAGAGAGAUCGAUCAAGGCAUUAAUGGAGGGGCAAGGAGAGCACGAGGAGGACGAGGAGCGGCGCCACCUCGGGGGAUCGGGUCUCAUCCUCCGCCGCGACGCUGCCGGAAGCGGCGGUGGAGGAGGUGGAGGUGGGGAUAGUGACCGCAGCUCGCAGCAAUGGCCAACGGUGGACGGUCCCCUGGGCCUCUCGGAGGAGGAAUCGGUCGCCUACGCCCGUAGAUUCUUCCUGUGGGGCUUCGCCCUCCUUCCCCUCCUCUGGGCUGUCAACUGCUUCUAUUUCUGGCCCGUCCUCCGAAGCCGCCCCUCCUCAUCUCCGUCUUCCUUCUCUCGCAUUCGCCCUUAUGUUCUGCGUUCAGCAAUAGGAUUUCUUGUCUUCGCGGUGCUCCUCUCAUCAUGGGCCCUCACAUUUGUGAUAGGAGGUGAGCAACUCUUUGGCCCAGUCUGGCAGGAUCUUGUCAUGUACAAUCUUGCGGACAAGUUAGGUCUGACAGGGUGGGUGUAAUUGUUUUAACAAAGUGGGUUUACCUUGCUGGUUUCAACCCAAUUUGUUUGUGCAAUUUGUACCAGAGAGCACAAGGUGGUGCUUGCACAUUGUAGCAUCAUUUUAUCCAUUUUGAUCUUCGCACAACAUGAGAAUAUUUCUCCCUUGGCAGACAUUUUGUGGAUAUUUUGUUCUGCUUGGCAUGACCUUUGUUGGAGGUGUAUUUGAAUUGCUGAAAAGUACUUGGAUUUAUUUUGUAAAUCUAAUUGGAAGUUGGGGGAAAUUUCUAUACCUCUUUUAGAAGAUUAGAUUUUGCAUGGCUUGUUAUUGUGUAUCAUUUAAUGAUAUUUGUUGGUUGGCU